GCCAAUACAAGAAUAGUUUGUGAUGCGUCCAAGGUGGCAAUCUGUGGUAUUCUGGAACAUUGGGUGAAUGAAAUGUGGCAACCGGUCAGUUUCUUCAGCAUGAAAAUGACGUCGACCUAAUCCCGUUUCAGCACAUUUGACCGAGAACUGCUGGCAAUUUAUCUAUUGCUUCGGCAUUUCAGGUUUUUUGUUGAAGGAACGGAAUUUCAUAUCAUUACUGAUCACAGGCCUCUCGUCGGUGCUAUGAUCAAGUUUUCUCCUUCUCAAACAGAAACUCAACAGAGGCGCUUGGCUUACAUAGCCCAAGUAACCACGGACAUCCGAUAUUUAAAGGGAGAGGACAACACCGUUGCUGAUGGUUUAUCUCGGGCUCCAGUUGAUGCAAUUUCGAUUGACGAUCCGCUCAUCCAACUAGUGGCGAACGCCCAAGCCAACGAUCCGGCCCAUCCAAAAUUGACCAACUCUCAUGGCUAUCUGCGCUCUGUCAUUUUCAAAGGCCUUUCACUUCUCUGUGAUACUCGAGGCCAUAUUCCACGACUUUUUGUCCCACCUAGUGUCCGAACUGAUUGCAUCAGUCAUAUUCACAGUCUGGGACAUCCCGGAAUUUGAGGGACGCGUUCAUGUGUAUUGGAACAUUUCAUCUGGCCAGGGCUAUCAAAAGACAUACGCAAAUUUGUCAGUUCUUGUGUUGAUUGUCAGUCUUCAAAGGUACAUCGCCAUGAAAAAGCACCCUUGAUUUCCUUCUCUGCUCCGAGCUCAAGAUUUUCGUUCAUCCACGUGGAUUUGGUGGGACCACUACCUGUUUCGGAUGGGUCUCGUUACCUGUUUACGGUCAUAGAUCGUUAUACAAGAUUUACGGCUGCCUACCCGUUAAGUGAUGCGACAACCAAGUCAUGUGCCCUUGCCCUUAUAGAAUGGAUUGCAUUUUUUGGACUCCCAGAAACGAUCAUAUCAGACCGUGGAACACAAUUUGAGUCGGGUAUAUGGUCUGAAUUCACCAAUUUGCUGGGUAUUAAACCAAAAGCCACAACUGCCUAUCAUCCACAGUGCAAUGGAUUGGUGGAACGAACCCAUCGCACAAUGAAAGAAUCCAUGCAAUCCAUGAUCCCUUGUGAUCAUUCGUAGGCCAAAGUGCUUCCGGUUGUCCUAAUCAAUAUGCGAAAUUCGGUCAAAGAAUGCGAAAUUUCUCCCGCGCAAAUGGCAUUUGGUUUUAGCCCAACACUUCCCGGCUUAAUGUUUCAAAGCACAAUACCAAAUUCAGAUCGGAUCCGUUGGGAAAUACGGGAACUAAUGCUGGCUAUGGCUCAAAUGGGAUAUUCUCAACCCAACCAUCAUGGCGAACAGGCUUCCUAUCAUGACAAAAAUCUGGACAAGACAGACUUCGUUUUUGUUUGGAACGAGGUUAAAAUAGGGCUUUCCAGAGCAUACCGCGGGCCUUAUUGGGUGAUCAGUCGUUUGGACAAAUAUGUUGCAUCGAACAUCGACGGCGUUGCUAAAAAUGGUUCAAUUGAUUGACUUAAGGUCGCUAAUGUUCGGCCAGAUAGUAUUCACCCAUCACGUUUGACAACUCACACCACUACAAGAGGUAGACCUAUUCGCUCACCAAUACGAUUCACAUCAUGAUUUUGCUUGUAAUAAUUGAAUUUCUCAGUGUUGUUAAUAAUCUUUUGUUAGGGAGGGGAAUGGUGUAGUGAGCCAUUAUUUGAUACUUAUUCUGGUCACUUCCCACAUGUUGUUGUAUGAUCGCGAACAAGAAUAAACAGUCGAUCUACUGAUGAGAUCAAGUGUACACGCGGACGAAUCCAGCUCCUUCAAAGGGGAGACAAAUUUAAAGAGCAACUCGAGUUGGAAGUGGGUUUCAAUACGCACCAAUGAAAAAAAGGUCGUAAGAAAGGCUAUUCAAAGGACCAAUUUGACUGGGAUUAGUGGCUGCCAAUGUUGAAUUGCUCUACUUGUCACACGCGUGGAAGUUUGAAAAGAAAAAUUGCUUAAAAGUUGGCUCUCUUCGUAAGAUGAACUUGACGAAUGAUUUGCAUUUAAUGUCAUGAUUGUUGCAUUAAUCAUCGUGCAAGGCUUGACAUCUCAGACAAUUCCUUAAAGCAUGGCUCACAUUCUGAUUGGUGUGCCACAUGUGUUGGCAUUCUGAUUUGAUUCCUUCAAGCAAUCAAACCAACUUUGAACUCUUGGGAUUUGUUGAACCAAUCCCUAUAAAGUAUGCAGAAAGCCCCAUUUUGGAUGUUUGUUUUUCUGUUUGGAUCGUGCUUUGCCAAAUUGCGAUAUCAGCUUUUUUCGCCAAGCUUUUUCCAUCAAGAAGCAUUCUUCAACAUUACUAAUGUACAGUUGGCACGAAACCUUAAUGAAUGUGGAAGCUUUUGCCUUCAAAAAGGUGAAGAAUGCACGGGCUUUACGUGGUUGGAAAACACCUGCCGCUUGGGAAUGCUGGAUGAAAAGCUAAGACCAGGAGAUUUGCAGAUCUUUGCAGAUUCAAAAUACCAUGACACGCUAUUGAAAGAAAACCAGGCUACAACGGCAUUAUUGGAGACGCCAAGCACUAUAAAAACCACAGUACUAGCAAUCAACAUGACAACUUCUGCUUCAACAAGACCGAUAAGCGAAAACAGCGUGUCAACAACAUCUAUAUUUCCUACGCCAACUCUGGCUACCACGAUAACUACAACUACGGCAACAGCUACAAUUGCAACAACCACUACAGCGACCAUGACCACAACUCCAACAACUAUAACUACUCCAACAACAACAACUACUACUACUACAAUUGCAACAACCACUACAACGACCAUGCUCACGACGACUCCAACAAUUACAACUACUCUAACAACAACAACAGCAACAACAACUACUACUACAACUGCAAUAACAACUUCGGCGGCCAUAACCACGACGACUCCAAUAACUCAGACUUCUAUAACAACUCCAAGAACAACAACAGCAAUAUCAACAACAAAAACGACGAUGACGACGACUAAGUCAACGACGACGACUAAAGCGACUAUAACUACUACGACUAUGACAACGACGACGACUAAAGCGACUAUGACUACUACGACGUUGACAACGACGACAACGACUGCGACAACUACGACAACUAUGACUACGGCAACAACAACUACUACCACUACUACCACUACUACCACUACUACCACUACUACCACUACUACCACUACUACCACUACUACCACUACUACCACUACUACCACUACUACCACUACUACCACUACUACCACUACUACCACUACUACCACUACUACCACUACUACCACUACUACCACUACUACCACUACUACCACUACUACCACUACUACCACUACUACCACUACUACCACUACUACCACUACUACCACUACUACCACUACUACCACUACUACCACUACUACCACUACUACCACUACUACCACUACUACCACUACUACCACUACUACCACUACUACCACUACUACCACUACUACCACUACUACCACUACUACCACUACUACCACUACUACCACUACUACCACUACUACCACUACUACCACUACUACCACUACUACCACUACUACCACUACUGCCACUACUACUACUACUACUACCACUACUUCUACUACCCCUAUGACUACAACUACGACUACAACAACAACUACUACUACUACGACUACAACAACAACAACUACUACUACGACUACAACAACAACAACUACUACUACUUCUACAGCCACAACUACAACCACAACCACAACUACAACUACAACCACAACCACAACCACAACUACAACUACAACAACUUUGUACACUACAAAAACUAGAAAAGAGAUUCUAAAUGUGCUUUUUAUGUGCACACAAACCAGCAUUGAGGAACAGGAGAAUCCCAAAAUGAAUGCCUGCCAUAAAUGGAAUGGAAGUGUCUGGAUCAACUGCCUAGGAAAUAAUCCGCAGGGGUUGACAAUAAAUUCAGGAGAUUAUGUUCAAAUAUCCUUAGACGUUGAUAUCGAUUCAGUCUUCGUCGAAUUGAACGGGCAGCAACUGAAUUACAUUGUAUUGGAAACAAAGGACCAAACAUGUGAAAAUGUUCGUUGGGAAAUUACCGAUAUAUUAUUCAAUAACAUCUUUAAAUAUAAGAAACUGUCAACAAGCCAACAUUUCUUCCUUCGGGAAAAGAGUGAGAAGGCAAAGUGCAUGACCUUUAAGUUUGGAACCCUGGAUGGUGUGGGAACUUUGAAUGAAAUGAGGUUUUUUAAAUCAUGCCAAAAAGAGAUCGACAUGAAGAAAUACGUGAAGGAAGAGUACAAUUGUAACGACGAUAAAGUGGGCAUAGAUGUUGGAAAAGAUGAAGAAAACAUCUUCGGUGUCUUGGUUCACUUUGAUCCCACGGCAAGUGUACCCAAGAACAUUACCCUCAGUAAUUGUGGCUCUUCAACUGAGAGUCGGGCCUUCAAUCUUGAGGACAAGUCGAACCACUUGCUUGACUUGAAACCGGAAAAUUGGUUGACCAUGUGUGUGAGAGUAACUUUUGGACUCGAAAAGUAUGUUCACGAUGUAAACAAUGACAACAUUAUCAUUCAUCUUUUGUAUCUCACCGGAAUGCAUUGCAAUCCAUAAUAAAAACAGAAUGGAGAUCACAAUGGGAAGUAUAGACGAGAGUCCAGUACUUUUCCAAAAGAUUGUAAUUUCUUAUGAUUAAUCCCUUGAUUUGAAGUACAAAAAUACAAUUAUUUCAAUGCAUUUUUAUCAAUCAUAGUGCAAAUUUGGACGACUCAAAGUAGUCGUUGUCCCAUGCGCCAACAGCGUCAAUUCAGGCGACGCUACUUCCAUUGCAUAUUCCUUCGUUUUCCCGC